AUGUGCUUGUUCAGAGAUCAUUCAGCAUCAAGGAUAGAUCAAAAUGAAGGACAAGAUGCUAUGGAGAUCGAAUCAGUUUUAAAAUCUACAAGACAUACCUCUAAACCUUCAUGGUUUGGAUGGCUGAUGAAACAUAAUAAUUUGCCGCAUGUAAAAGAACAUCAAAGACAAAAUUUACAUCAACAUCAACAGCAUGAUCAAAAUCGUAAUCAUCAGCAUAAUCAUAAUCAUUCGCCAUUAUCUAAAUGGUCUACAACUAAACAUCAAAAUUCAAUAACAAAAGCACCGUCAACAAGUAAUUCUUCAAUUAUUAAUGAUAAUGAAAUGGCAAUUUUAGCAACCAAUAAAUUUUCUAGGGCUAUAAAACAAAUGGAAGAAAUUAUAUUGUCAUCAUCUCCUGGAGUGAAAUUUCCUCCGCCUCAUCUUUUAACAAGAUUAAAAGAAGAAGAAACUUGGAUUACUUUACAUACAACUCAGUAUGAUGAUGGCGAUAAUGAUGAUACGUUUAGAUCAUACGCUGUAAAUGAUAUUAUUGACCUGACUAAAGAUUAUUCAAAUGGUAACACUAUAUUAUCAACCAAUCCAACAUAUACAGGAAAAUAUAGAACUUACUAUUCAUCAUUAUCAAAAUUUAAUCAAAUAUCGUUAGAUUUCAAAUCUGGUCUUUCAUAUCUAAUGACAAACAAUAAUUCUUUGAACGGAGUAUUUAAGCAUCAAUCAAUUUCAUGUUCUUAUUCUAAAUUUUGGUCUCCAACUUCACUUUCACCUUGUCAUAAUCAUAAAAUAAUUACAUUUGAAUAUUACAAUAGGUAUAAUAAUAAUGCUGAUAAAACACUUGGAGAAACAUUGGAGUAUCUUUAUCAACAGGCAUAUAAAGAAUGCGAAGAGCCAAGUUGUGACAAAUGUGGCAUUGAUCAUAUAACAACUUAUACACAUAAUAUUGGUAGAAUUUCAAUUACAUUAGAAAAAUCAUCUGAUCUCAAUUUAAAAUCCCUAUCUAACAAUAAAAUAAUAUUAUGGACACAGUGUAAAUUAUGUUCUUCAAAAUCACCAUUAAUUGAGAUGUCGAACGCAACGUACUAUUAUUCUUUUGGAAAAUAUUUAGAAAUUUUAUUUUAUAAUGAAGUUUUUUCAUUUAAAGAUUUAUGUCCACAUGUGGAACUAAGGGAUUCUUUAGUUAGGUGUUUUUACAAAGAUGAAUUGGUGGCGAAGAUUGAAUAUGAGCAUGUUGAUUUGUUUGAAAUGAGGUUACCAAAGAUACAAAUUAGUCAUGAUAUGACAAAACAAAAUAAUAUUAAUGCUGAAUAUGAAGAUAUCGAUAAAAUGUUCAUGAUUGAUGAAGAAGACACAAAAAGGCUGUACAAUGAAACAAGACUCGAGAUUACUCAUUUUUAUGGUAGCGUUAAACAACAUAUAACCACAUUGGAAGAGUAUUUUAUAUCUUCGCAUGAUAUAAAGCUUAAAAAUAAUGAAAAAAACGCCACUACAACUGUUGUCGCUGCUGUUGAUAAAAAUAACAAAGACAAAAUUGAACAAGAAAAAGGAAUCAAAUAUCAAGAUCAUCUUAAAAUGUUGGAAGAAUUAUCAAACACUUUUCGUAGAGAAGAGUUUGAACUUUAUGAUUUAUUAAAAAGGACCAAAGCUACAAUGUUAAAUAAUGUUAGGAAUCGAUUGGUUGAAAGAAUUGAUGCAACUAAAAAAAGAUUAUUGUCUUGGCAACAAACAUAUAUACCAAAAGAAAAUCAAGAAGAGUAUUCAAAUAUUAAUUGGGUUGAACCUGAAUAUUAUAGCUCAAAAGAAUGCUAUGUUUUUCCUGGAUCUCCGAUAAUCAUAAGAGAAAAUGAACCAAGUUCAAUUAUCGCAUAUUAUUUAAAAGAAUUAUUAUUAAUGAAAAAUAAUGUGAAAUUGACAUCAACACAAUCAGCACCAACCACACCAUUUUCGGAAAAUAAUAACUCACCACCAUUGUCAUCAACAUUUUCUUCACUUUUAAACAAUCUAAGUCGUCCUUCAACAAUUAAUUCGGUGCAAAAAAAAAGUAAUCACCCAACACAAUCACCUUCAUUAACAGAAAUUGAUCCAGAUGGUUUUACGCUGAUUGAUCAAUAUUCAACAAAAACUAAAAGAAAAUUAGUACGUGAAAACACAUUGCCUGGUAGUACUAUAGGUGAUAGAAUCACAUAUGGUAUUGAAACACUUGGAUCGAUGAAAGGAUUUAAUUUAACUCUAUCAAAAGAUAAGAAAAAGAAUCAAAAAGAUAAUGCAAAUAUUCCAAUAAUUGGAAAACUUGGAGGAAUUUUUGCCAAGCCAUUAACAUUUGUAAAAGGCCAUCGGCAAGAAGAAAAAUUUAAUGAGAAACAUGUUUUCCCUCAGGAAAAAGAUCCUCCCAAAAAAAAAGAGGAGCAACAACAACCACCACCAUUACAUUCUACACCACUUCCACUUACUCCACCACCAACAUCAAGUGGAUUAGUUGAUGGAUUUACUUGGUCUAGACGUAAUAGUCAAAAAGAUAAAGAAAGAGAUAGUCCACAUUUAAAACAUGAAUGUAUACACGGAACUAAGAAAUUUACAUGUACCGUUUAUUAUGCAACACAAUUUGAUUCACUUCGACGUAGAUGUGGUAUUGAAAAUCUUUGUAUUGACUCAUUGUCAAGAUGUACAAGCUGGCAAGCUACUGGUGGGAAAAGUUCUAGCACAUUUUUCAAAACAAGUGAUGAUCGACUUGUUAUAAAGCAAAUGGUAUCAUCUUGGAGAAUAGCAGAAAAAGAUGCACUACUUAAAUUUGCACCAAAAUAUUUUGAAUAUAUGGAUAAAGCACCAAAUACACCAUCAGUUCUUGCCAAGAUAUUUGGAUUUUAUACUAUAAAGAUUAAAGACACGAAAAAAAAUAAUAUAAUAUUAAAGAUUGAUGUGCUUGUGAUGGAACAUUUAUUUUUUGAAAAGACUAUAACCAGGAGAUUUGAUUUAAAAGGAAUACAAGAACGUCAUAUCAAAGAACAACAGCAGAAAAAUGAUGUUACAUUAUGGGACGGUGAUUGGGUAGAAGAGGCUAUACUUAAUGAUACACAAUUUUUGGCUGAUGCUAAUAUUAUGGAUUAUUCAUUGUUGGUUGGUGUGGAUGACGAAAAGAAAGAAUUAAUUGCAGGAAUAGUAGGUUGGUAG